AUGGAUAUAUGGUUAAUUGCAGCGACUGCUGCUACAGGAUAUAUAGCUAGGCAGUUGCAGAAUGUAACGAAAGGUAAAGGUAACUUUCUCGAAUCUUCUUCUGAAGAUGCUCAGAAUGUGAAGCCUGAAUCUCCUCCUAGAUGCCUGCUUAACAGAUUGACAAGAGUCAAGAAGACGAAUGAAAACAAGUUUGGGGAUGAGAAAUUGAUAUCAGAACGGGAAAAUCCGGAUGCAUAUCGAGUCGAUGUACCAUCUACGAGUGGGGAGAAUUUGGGAAAUUGUGACGAUAUUCAUCCAGAAUCUUUGUUCAGUUUGAUGCCUGAGUUCCCGGAGAUUGAACAUGAGAAAUGGAAAACCAGUGGUACUCUUGCAGGUGACUCUCAGUUGAAUUCUUCAUGUAGGCAGAGAAGAUUUAUUAGGAGAAAUCAGCGGUACAGCCGAUUAACGAAACCUUUGAGUUCUCUCGAAAGCUGCUUAAUGUCUCGGUUUCAUGGAGAGCAAAUGACCAUGGAAGAUUACAUGACUAGCCCAUUUCCAUCGCCACUCGCUGCAAUUUCAAGGCCAUUGCUCGUGACUGAUGGUGGUCGAGUAAUUAGUAAGAGCACUGCAAACUCGUUAUGUCUGAGCCAGCAACUCAACGAAGAUAAGGCUGCACCUAAUUGCAGAAUCCCUGAGUUGCAGUCUUCGGUUGAAAGAGAAAUGGGAAAUGGGAAGACCAAGAGUAAAAAACAUGGACUAAGUGAUGCAGCGGUGUUGCUACAAAUCGGGAUCUCGAUUGGGAUAGUGUCCUCGUACAUGGCAAGCCAAGCUGAGGUGAGCAAAGUCAAACAAGAGCUGAAGCAAACAGAGAAUUUGGUACAUGAUUUAGAAGAUGAGCUUGAGAUGAAAGACUCAUUGAUAGUGAAGGAGCUAGAUAGCGAAAAGGCAGCUGAGAAUUCAGAAUCUAUAAGUAACAUUGAAGCAGAGCUUGAAGCUGAACUUGAAAGGCUAGAAAUCAACAUGAACUCCUCCAACAUUGAGACAAGACUCUCUGAUAUGAUCGAGAUGGAGCCGGAUUUUGAGGUAGAAUUUGCACAGGGUGAACUGAGAACUGAUCGGGUUAAAGGGAAGCGUUUAGAUGAAACCGAGUCCAACCAAGACCCAAGUGGUAACUCCACACCUGAGCCAGGAAACUAUGCUGUCUCACCUCGUGAAUUGAGCCUGCGGUUGCAUAAAGUUAUCAAUUCGCGUCUUGAGAAUCGGAUUACAGAGCUCGAGACUGCACUCCAAGAGAGCCAAAGGAAGGUGGAGCAGUUGGUCAUGAAAUCUGAAAGCAAGAAGAAUUCAUGGUCAAGGUUGUGGGAAAACCAUGAAGUGAUGACAUAUAAGAGUGGCUCAAAAAUCCCAGUUGCUGUAGAGGACACCACGACUAAUCAUGCUGAAAUGAAACCCCUGGUUAUGAAUUUAACAGGAGAAGCACUUGAUGCAUUCAAUGACUCUUACGACGAACUGAUGAAAAUAAACGAUGACUCUGAAGAUGAUGAUUCACCACUGGAGAUACAAGAGAGCGGGCUUCACCAUGAAGAUUUCUCUUCAACAAACAAAAGCUCACCUUGGAGCCAUCAUAUAGAUGAUUCCAAGGUGCAGGAGCAGGAGCAAGAACUUCUGGACUUUAUUGGUUUGGAAGAAGAAGAUGGAGAAGAAAGCAGUGACUUUGAGAGUGAAAUGGAGAAACAACUGAUAAAGCAGAUUGUUGAGAAAACAAAGCAAGGGUCUCCUGUUGUGUUGAAUGCUCAGAAAAUGUUAUUUCUCAUGGAAGAAACAGAACAGAAUCUAUAA